AUGGCUUCUUAUUCUUCUUCUUCGUCUUCUCUCUUCAAGAAACCUUCUUCUUCGGAAGCUAAACGCUUAACUAAAAGACAAGAGAAUGUCUUCAAGAAAGCUAACGAGCUUUCAAUCCUCUGUGGCGUCGAAGUCUGCGUCAUCUACUACGGAUCAAACGGAGAGCUCAAAACAUGGCCUGAGGACAGAGAGAAGGUCAAAGACAUGGCUCGAAGGUACAGUGAACUAAGCGAAGCGAAGCGUGAAGUAAAACAAUAUGAUCUUGACCUGUUUCUUGAGAGUAUCAAGAAGGAUAAUGAUUCCAAGAAUAAGAAAAAGAAGAAGAAGAGAGCGAAGCUUGGAUCCAGUUACAAGUAUCCAGACUGGCAUCCGAGGUUUGAUAAGUACUCUGUAGAGCAACUCGAGGUGCUGAUUCAGUCUUUGGAGCGUAGUCAAACCAUGAUGCAACAUAGGCUUCGAGCUGUUGUUGAAUCUCAAAGACAGAGGAAUAUGCAUUACACGAACAUGGCUGGUCAAGAACAGAUCAUGGUUCCAGAACGUUCAAACCAAGCUUCCAUGAAUCUGUUUAACCAUGGAAACAGUACUUUACCGCAAAGCCAAGCCUCGAUAUCAGCUUCUAACCAAGCGUAUUCUCUGGCUCCGUUACCAAACUCACUGACUAUACACCAGGAUCCGAAUAUGGAGAUGUAUUCUAGGUUACUUGCGUCACAAGGAGCUGGGAUGAAUGAGGUUUUUAACACGAGCAUGUUACCCUACAACGGCUUCAACACCAACUGUCUUAAUGGUUUCUCUAACCAGUUUUAUCAGAAUUGUUUCGAAGUGGAAGAUCCCUAUGGGGUUCAAGGAGCUGGGAUCAACAACAACAUGAAAGUGGAAGAUUAUUCUGGGUUACUUUGGACGCAAGGAACUGGGAUGAACGGGUUGCAGAACGGCUACAACAGCAACAACAAUAACACCAAUGGUUAUCCGCAUCAGCUUGUUCAAACACCACCGGUUUAUCAAUACAUGGAUCGGUCAACACAGAGUGUCAGACCUCUCUAUGAGAUUUGA